AUGUUAGCAAUCGAAAUCACCAGAAAUGAUUUCAAUGAUACUCUACAUUCGAGUAAGGUUUUGAAAGUAUCGCCUUCUCCAGAGAAAAUUGAGCUUGUUUCGCUCUAUCGAAAGAAAUACGGUUUACUUUUGGGACAACCUAAUAGUUGCUCUACUUUCCUUUUGCGCAUGCACUACGAGUACAAUCUGCGUGCUGUUGGCAUUGAUUCGACUCAUUUCCCGUAUCUCACUUUUGGCAACUGCAUGGGAUUGGACUGCAUCAGUCCUGGAGCAGAGGUCGAGUUCCUGAAGGAGUGUUUGCAAUCAAUCAAUGCCACAGUGACAAUAAAUCCGGCGAGACUGGAAAAUGGAAGCGCAGAUAUUACGCUCAGAACCAUCAAUCAGGAACACCCGCGACAAAAGCAGGUGGAUUUCACAAUGCCUAUUGGUAAUCUUUAUUAUGGAUACUUUGUCAAAGAGAGCACUCAUGUAGAAGUUGGAGAUUACCUUGGCGAUGCAUUUUCUGAAACCGCACUGCUCUUGGUGGUGACAGCUGGUUUAACUGUGAGCUGUCUUUUACAUCUCUUCACGAAACUUCUCACCAAGAACCCAUCAUCAAUACUUAGCUUCACAAGCUUCGCUUUUGCUGGAUUCUUCAAAAACUCACAAUUGAAUCCGGAACCAAUCUCCUCACGUAUAAUCGUUUUGCUCUGGUUGCUCUUCAGUUUCGCCCUGACAGAAUAUUAUAAGGCAAAACUCAGCAGUAUUUUGUUGUUAACACAUUAUAGUGGAGCUCUCUUUGAUAAUCUUGAUAAAGCAAUGGACGCGAUGGAAUAUCAUGGAUGGAAGAUGGUAGUCAACAAUUCAAGGUCACUCUUUCACUGUAAUGGUGCUCAGUGUACGAGACUUCACGAGCUCCAGAAAAGGUCGCUCGUACUGGUAUAUAGCACUAAUACGUCAUUAGAAGAAGCAGCCGAAGUGGAUCAUCAAUUUGGGUUCGGAUCAUUACAAAGUGAUAUAGCUCCACACGAGAAGACGUUGCUCGAUAGUACCAAGCGUAUACUUUUUGUGAGAGAUCAGCUUUUAACUCCUUUGUAUCGGUCGUAUGCUGUGCGCAAAAAAAUGCCAUUGCUUUUGGAGAAACUAAAUCGAGCUAUAGCACGCACUCGUGACGGGUUUUCCGCGAUACGUAGACGCUAUCGGGAACCUUUCCAACGAUAUGUCAACAAACAUUUUCAAGAAAACCCCAAUGUGCUGACAUUGGCUCAUCUCAAAGCUCUUUUUGACUGGACGGGACCAUUGCUUCUAUUUUCAUUCGUAGUUCUUCUCGGAGAAAUUCUUCACUGUCGCUACAGUCAACGAUUCUUGAACUGGGCUCGGAGAUCAAAGACUAGUCUAGACUUCUCUCCAUCUGAGGAGAUGCACAAUAGCAUCGAGCUCACACGUUUCUCAAGUUAUUAGGCUAUUGGUAUGCCUAUAAUAUACAAGUGUUUUGACAGGUCCAAAACUAAAUAUAUCAAUAGAAUCAACAUCGUGUGCAGCUCUUUGCUUUUCCACCUUCAAUUUCCACAGAAAAACACAUGUAAAUUGUUUUGACUGUGCCCAGAUAUUUUUCAAUAGAGUGUGGCUUCUGUUUGAUUACUUUUCUGACUGAAAGUAUAGGCGCCGUAAAACCUAAUUGCCCGCGCCGUGCCUUGAACACCAGCGUGAGCGAGCGGUCGUCGCGAACGACUGUCGGCGUUCACUAUAUUCCAAGAAAACCUUCUUUCACUUUCAUGUUGUUCUCGUCAAUGCACGGUAUAUCUUGACAAAAGC